GCUCCUCCAGGGGUCAGUACCACACCCUGCAGGCCGGCUUCAGUUCCCGCUCCCAGAGCCUGAGUGGAGACAAGACCUCGGUGAGCUCCUCCAGGGGUCAGUACCACACCCUGCAGGCUGGCUUCAGUUCCCGCUCCCAGAGCCUGAGUGGAGACAAGACCUCGACCUUCCGGCCCAUCGCCAAGCCAGCCUACAGCCCGGCCUCCUGGUCCUCCCGCUCGGCUGUGGACCUGAGCUGCAGUCGGAGGCUGAGUUCUGCCCACAAUGGGGGCAGCGCCUUUGGGGCUGUGGGUUAUGGGGGUGCCCAGCCCACCCCACCCUUGCCCGCCCGGCCUGUGUCCUACCACGAGCGUGGCGGGGUUGGGAGCCGGUCUGACUACGAUACGCUGUCCCUACGCUCACUGAGGCUGGGGUCCGGGCCCCUGGAUGACCGCUACAGCGUGGUGUCAGAGCAGCUGGAGCCCACGGCUGCCUCCGCCUACAGGGCCUUUGCCUACGAGCGCCAGGCCAGCUCUGGCUCAGGCCGGGCAGGGGGGCUGGACUGGCUGGAGGCUGCGGAGGGCCCCCCUAGCCGGACCAUCCGUGCCCCUGCCAUGCGGACCCUGCAGCGAUUUCAGAGCAGCCACCGCAGCCGUGGGGGGGCUGGGGCAGUGCCAGGGGCUGUCCUGGAGCCCCCUGUGGCCCGAGCACCAUCUGUGCGCAGCCUUAGCCUCAGCCUGGCUGACUCGGGCCACCUGCCAGACCUGCGUGGCCUGGACAGCUACGCCGGCCACCGCACCCUGCAAAGGCUCAGCAGCGGAUUUGAUGACAUCGACCUGCCCUCAGCAGUCAAGUACCUCAUGGCCUCAGACCCCAACCUGCAGGUGCUGGGAGCGGCCUACAUCCAGCACAGGUGUUACAGCGACGCAGCAGCCAAGAAGCAGGCCCGCAGCCUUCAGGCCGUGCCUCGGCUGGUGAAGCUCUUCAACCACGCCAACCAGGAGGUGCAGCGCCAUGCCACGGGCGCCAUGCGCAACCUCAUCUAUGACAAUGCAGACAACAAGCUGGCCCUGGUGGAGGAGAACGGCAUCUUUGAGCUGCUGCGGACGCUGCGUGAGCAGGACGACGAGCUGCGCAAGAACGUCACAGGUGUCCUGGCCUCGACCACACGGCCUCGGGGCCGCCCCUCUCCCACACCAUCUCCUCCUCCCCUUCGCCUCUGU